UGUUCCUUUAAGCCUCGUCUGUGAAACCGGGAGUAUAUGUUAUAGCUGGUUUGUUGGCCCUGGGUAUACUUUGUUUUUUUAUGCGUGCACUAGUCGAACGCACAGCCUUGGAAAGUAUACUUCAUUUGAUUCGGCAUGCAUUCGACGCAUGCACAGUUUUGAGCAAUCUCUCGCCACUAGUUACAACCCAUGUAAACAUCUUUGUAUUCUUUCAUGCUAGUACUUUUUAGGGUACUUUCUAACCUCUUCACACAAUCUGUCGUCUAUGUAGGCCUACAUUGUCAAUAUAGCUUGCAUGUGUUCCAGUCUGUUCUGUUUUUGCAGUUUUUCUUUGACUAUCUUGUGAAUCGACGCCCCCCAGGGCACGGUUGCCACCUUGUGGAUAAACUAAUUACUGCAAAAACAUUAAAUGCGCAUGUGUGACCUGCGGUUACGAGUGCGCGCGUACUCUUCUGAUGAUGAAACUCGCGUCAUGCGCACUGUACGCUGACCCUUGACUAUACUUAGGGCUUUAGUCUACAAGUUUACACCAGCUAAUUACUAGGUUAGACCUGCUAGAAACUAUAGUUACACUGAAAAAAUAAAUAAAAUUAUAAUAACAAAUUUGUCGAAAUGAACAUAGCCUAAAAAAUGAGAUAAUAUUUGAAAUCACUGAAUCAACUUAAAAACAUUAAUUUACACCAACAAGAGGUAUCAAAGCAACAGCUGCACCAUGUUGCAUGUUCCUAAACACAGUUAACAGUUUCCAGGAUUUCCAGCUGGGAGCCCAUUGAGUGUUUGUUUUAUCAAUCCAUGACAACCUGUACAAAUCUGAUGUUUUAUUGUUUGAAGCUUUUACAAUAGAGGUUGUUACAAAACAAUGGCCUAAUGCAUCUGUCUCCACCAAGCAAAUAUACAGCAGAAGCUCAUUACUUUUGAUUCUCUGAGAUCAUGUCAAUGAGAGAAUCAUUUUCAAAUGACUUUUAUAAAUAAGAGCACAGACACUAUUUAACAUUCUACCGUUGUAUCCCCUUCUACUCCUUUUCGGCGGGAAGUCUGUGCGUGCGUGUGGUGGGGGGUGUACUGCGGAAUUUCUCCCAGUUACCUAAUGUCUGCAGAGCGCAUGCGCGGCUUUAUCUCUCUGCACCUAGUCCUCCCUAGAGGAGGACGCCUACUCUCUCUCUAUUCACACAGCUUGGCACUACCUAUUGAUCUGUCUGUAUGUCGUGAGACAUUACAAAAGAGUUUGAUGGUGGGGGUUAGGGAGAUUCUCAGUGGGUUUUAAUUGAACGGUGGGUAGGCACUGAAUUUAUUGUCAAAACAAAUGCUGACCUGAUUAGCAAAGAUCCCAGAUGUGUAAAAUGAUGUGGCAAUGAUAGUGGUGACUAUUCCUCCUACGUAAGCAUGCACUCCUGCACCUACACAUACACAUUCAUUAUAUCAUCACCUCCUCUGCUCAGUUCAUGAUGUUGUGACUUUUCAUUACAAUUAAAAAAUGAGCAUCCUGGAGGAUGGCGAGGGUGCAGAGGAUUUGAGGGAUAGAGAAAGGGAAACUUGUUACAUAACUAUGCCAAAGUCUCAGUCUCGCUUGCUCUGACACUGUCCUUCCAUUCUGGAUAAAAUAUAUUUAAAAUGUACACCAAAUUUAUUUUUGCAAAAAAGCAUGCCAUUCUUUCGAACCUUCAAAUGCCAAAAUGUACUUCAAUAGGCAAAAAAUAUAGAUAUGCAUUGAUACUAAAUUUCUCAGUCAAUACCGAUUAUUCAGAAUGAUAUCUGCUGAUACACAUAGUUUGAUUUUCUUAAGGAAAAAAAAAUCUCUCCCAACUGUAAAAUAUACAGGGAACCUCUCAUUUGGUACAUUACUAUAAUAUUAGAGCUAUUAUAUUCAGCUAUUUAUUUUCCGAUAAUAAUAAUAAUUACACUAAUAAAAACUGAAAUAUUUGUAGGUCUAUUCAACUCAGCUGCACACAAAGUAGCCUAGUUUUCAUAAACACGUCUUCAUUACAAAUGUAUUCAAAGAUACAUUCAUAAUUAACAGUAAAUAAGCUCCUCUCUAGUGUUUAUAUAGCUGACUAACAAAGUGUGAACUGGCCAACAUUCCUGAGGUAAAUGCAAGGUUGUGAUAGCUGUUUUAUUGACGUCUUUUCGAGGUUAAAACACUGAUUGAGCGAUUACAUGACGUGAUACAUGUCGGUAUCUUUCAACAUACCUUUUGAUGUUCAUGCAUGUUUUUUCGUGCUGUAACUCGUAUUAAUGUGGAAGUAAAAACUCGCUGCCACCAGACCUCGUACGCUACAGUGAUCUGUCACGUCACAUUUAAGAGCGUCAAAACGCCAUUUAUUGUUUGAAUUUCGUGAUAAAAUUGAAAGAAUUUGAAAACUGAGGGUUUGUUUCUUAUCAAAAGUAACAAAACACAAAGCUCCUUGCGAUUAUUUGAUGGGAGGCACGAUACAAAUAAUGUUUGGUGUAGAGAAAAACAGCAGACCUGGCAACCCUGGCUUGAACUCCGGGUGAUUCAUAGGGUCAAAAUAGAGGGGUCGCUAUUUUUUUUUAACGGUUGUUGUCUGCUAACUUGCCCUGAAUUUAACCCAAGAGACAUUUUCUUCACACACAGUGUAUGUGCUGCAGUUUGACACAUUUUUCCACUCCCUUUUGAUUGACAGGAUUUAAUCGGCCCUGAUCAUCGGCUGUUUUUAAACAAUUGGCCGAUAUCGAAAAUAAUUGCUUUUAUCAGACGAUUUAUAUACACAUAUAAUUAGAAUGAAAUACACUCAAAAAUGGCCAAAAAAUACAUUUAAGUAACUAAAUCUUAUUGAAAAUAUCUAUUUGGCCAUUUUUGUACCUAUAUUUUGAAAUAUUGUGAUAAAUAUUGUGAUGUUCCUGUCGGCUGUUAUUUGUGCUUUUCUGUGUGUGUUUGUGUGUUAUAUUAAAUAUAUAAAUAUAGGCAUCCACAGCCUUUUACCUUACACAACAAUUGUAUCCUAAAACCUUUUCUGGACCACCAGAGAGAUAGACUAACAGAAAGAAGGUCAAAAGAACCAGUAUGGACCUGCAUCUGUUGGGGUGAGGUGUGACAAAUUUCUGCAGUCUGCUUGUGAAAAGGCAGAAUGUCUUCAGUGGUGUGGAUAUCAAGACAUGGUCAUUUGCCAUUUGGUUGCCAUGUUACCUGUCUCACAUUACACACCUUCCAGUCUCACACACACACACAUAACCACAUGCUCCUCACAGUUCACAACGACCUUUUGUCUGGAGGACACAGACAUUUAGGAUUGGAUGUUAGCUUGACAGGCACGUGUGCGUUUAUGACUCCUAUUCUUUAAGGUUUUAGUUUUAGUCUUUCUGAGGUGAGGGAAAGUUAUUUGUGUGUUUCUCAGUUCAUCAGGUGACAACUUGUUGGCGUCUAUAGUGCUUGAAUCAGCUUUUAGCUAGUUUACUGAGGUCAGCUGAGUAAGUCUGACUAGGAAAGUUAGACUGAUUCAGAGCUAAAUAUUGCUUCACUCAUAUACAUUAACUAAAAAGUCACUUUAUUGAUCAUUUAAGUCAGUUUGUGCAUUGCGCACACAGUUUGUGUUUAUUAUAGGUGGAAUUACUGUCGAUUUUUUGAGGAUGAGGUGUGUGUUGGCCGCACUCUGUGGGAUUCUACUUCUAACGCAGGUUAUUAUAACCAAUUCACAAGAAUCAGAUGAUUCAGCCAUUGGGGACUGUUCUCAGUUUGACUCGUGUGAUGGCUGCAUCAGCGGAGACCCGGCCCUCAACCUGACACGAUGCGUCUGGCAAAGCUGUAAUGACGGAAAUGACACGAGAUGCAUGUCUGACAUUGAAGACUCUGGAGGCUGCUCUGUCUACAAUGUGACCGGCAUGUGCCAAACAGAUGGCGGAUCUGCUGAUGGUGGUGGCAAAGAUAACACGAGCCCCGAGUUCUCUCAAGCAUCAUUUGAUCUGUCCAGCUUCAUUGGGGGAAUCAUCCUGGUGUUGGUGUUGCAAGCUGGGGCUUUUUUUGCCAUGCGGUUCCUCAAAACAAAAGACAGCACCUAUGAAACUAUUGAUCAACCUCAGUGAGAAAAGAGGUCGUGAAUGGGAGAGAAAAUUACAAAACAAAACAUAAAGAGAAGCAGAUAUUCAAAGGAAUAGAUGUUGCAUGGGCGAGAAGUCUAUAGACACUGUUUUCUCUUUUGAGGGUCCUAAAAUGUUAUUAUUUGCCUUUAAACUGCUUUGGUUAAAUUAUCACCAGUUCUUGAAUGACAAAAACUAUAUUUGUGUGUGUAUAAGAGAGAUAUGUGAAAAGAAAACAAUAUAGAAGUGAUAUGAGAAAUAUAUUAGAGGAUUAUUCACAUUUGAAUGUGGGUUUAUGAUGGUGUGUUCUUAUCUGUUUAAGUUGAUUUAAAUCUCUCUGGUUUGUUAUAUUGCUCUAAAAGAACUAUUCUGUUUCAUAUUUUGAUUAAUUGCAUGCCCUUGUAUUUUCUUUUUAUUAAAUGUUAUGUUUUGUAGGUAGUCACCUGGACUCAUGUAGCACUGAGUUUGUUAUUCCUUUAUGAAUAAUGAAGCAAUAAAGUAAUUAGACCCUGGGGUGUUAUACAGCAUUAAUCCUGUAGGUGUCAGUAGAAUUCAAUAUCAUUAAGGAUAAUAAUGAGCCAGGAUGCAUUAUUAAUAAAACACUUACAGUAAGAACAUAUGUUGUGCUUUUGACAGUAUCAGCUAUUUUCUCUUUAAUACACUUUCACCAUAAAUUUCACCAGCCUACCUCAAUUUUACAACCCCC